CAACUUUUCAGCUCAUGGCGACAAGAAAAGUCCAGCCGGUCCCCCAGCUGGACGCCGGUGCCAAAAUGGCCAUGUUUUCUUCGCUGUCUCUUGACUUUUUGCCCUCUUGACGGGGCAGCACCAUUUCUGUUCCCUGCCGGCCGACGAGUCGCUCGUUUAUUUCCCAAGUCGGCGGCAACGCCAAAGACGAGGCGCGCGAACCAACCCGUUCCCCCCGACUGCGCCGGUUCCGUGGCCGACAACCUACCCAACAUCUUGCCCCCGACGCCACUGCAGCAGACCCGUCCCGGGGCGAGCCGACGUGCGACGUGCGACACUCUGGGCCCCGCAGCCUUCGUGCCAGGUUCCAACAUGCUGCUGUGCGCCGCCGCCGCUGCGGCCUGGUUGGCGACGGCGAUCUCGCCCGCGGCUGCCGGCCCGCUCGCCUCCCCGAAGCGCGGCCUGGCCUUCACGCCCAACGCAACUACGCGGGCGGACGACUCCAUCUGGGUCACCCAGCCGUCGGAUCUGACCUGGUACUACAACUACAAGUCGAGCCCGGAAUCGGUCUUCUCGCACCUGCCGCAGUCCCAGUUCGAGUUCGUGCCCAUGCUGUGGGGCGCCCCGUCGAGCCUGGACGACACCACCUUCCUGACGACUGUCAAGGGCCUCAUCCAGGACGGCGGCGUCAACGUCACCCACGUCCUGUCGUUCAACGAGCCCGACGGCUCUUUCGCUGACGGCGGCAGCAACAUCGAACCCGCCGCCGCGGCCCGGGUCUGGGUCAACAACAUCAUCCCGCUGCAGAAGCUCGGCGUGCGCGCGGGGCUGCCAUCGUGCACCGGCGGAACCACGGGCAUCCCGUGGCUGCAGAGCUUCCUGAGCGAGUGCUCCAAGCUCGUGAGCACCGGCGGCAAGACGCAGAACUGCUCCUACGACUUCGUCGCCAUUCACUGGUACGGCAACUUCGAGGGGCUGGCGAGCCACAUGGGCGAGUACUCGGCCGCCUUUCCCAACGCGUCCAUGUGGAUCACCGAGUACAACAUCGACAACCAAGACUUGGCCACAACGCAGGCCUUCUACAACACGUCGGCCGAGUACUUCGACCGCCUGGACUUUGUCGAGCGCUACGCCUACUUCGGCGCCUUCCGCAGCGAUGUGUCCAACGUCGGGCCCAACGGCGCCAUGCUCAGUGCCGGCGGCAACCUGACCGACAUUGGUGCCUGGUAUCUCGGCCGCCCCGCGACCGGCGUGAGCCCCACCGCCGGCUCCCUCGGCUUCCGUGCGGCUGUCCCGCGGGGCGCCAUGGCCGCCGUCGGGGCGGCGCUGGCCGCGGUGCUGCUCCUAUAAAGGCUAAGGUCGCCAGCCUGGAUCU